AUGUUACACCACAACAUUGAGCAAUCAGACAGCACAGUCCCUCUCCUGUCUGUUUCUAUCCCUCCAUCCUUCUCUCCUACCUUUCCCUGGUAGCAGCAUGGUUCUGUCUGCAGCCAGGCAGCACCUCCUCGGGGGAAGUCGGCUUGGUGCCUGGGGGCAGCACCUCCUCAGGGGCAUUCGGCUUGGUGCCUGGGGGCAGCACCUCCUCAGGGGCAGUCGGCCUGGUGCCUGGGGGCAGCACCUCCUCAGGGGCAGUGGAUCAGUUCACACCGAUGCCGAGGGGUUCCAGGAGAAGGAGAUCAGAGAGAAACUCCAAGCUUUCCCUGGGGGAUCUAUAGACCUUGUCAAACAGGAGUCGGGCAUCGCGGUACUGACCGUCAACAACCCUGCCCGCAUGAACGCUUUCUCUGGUUCUAUGAUGGUGGAGCUGGAGGAGAGGGUGUCCCAGCUAGAGGAGUGGACGGAGGGCAAAGGUCUCAUCAUCCAGGGGGCUGCUGGGACAUUCUGCUCUGGGUCAGACCUCAACGCAGUCAGGGCUAUAUCCAACCCUCAGGAUGGGAUGAAGAUGUGUACGUUCAUGCAGAAUGCCCUGACCAGACUACUGAGGCUACCCCUGUUGUCUGUAGCUCUGGUGGAGGGGAACGCACUGGGGGGAGGAGCUGAACUCACUACUGCCUGUGACUUUAGGUUGAUGGCGCCGGGCAGUGUGAUCCAGUUUGUCCAUAAACACAUGGGUCUGGUCCCUGGUUGGGGCGGUGCAGCUAGAUUGGUACGCAUCGUAGGCGGCCAGAACGCCCUGAAGAUGCUGGGUGGCGCUUUGAAAAUAGACCCAGAGAUGGGGCUUCAGAUUGGGCUUGCGGACGGGGUCCUGGAAGGUUCCCUGGCUGGGUCUGGAGCCAACGCCCUCCUGGAGGCAGAGCAGUGGUUGGAAUGCUACACCACGGGUCCAGCCCCGGUCAUCAGAGCCAUAAAGAGCGUGGUGGUGUCUGGGAGAGAGCUCCCCCUGGAGGUGGCCCUGAGGACUGAGAGGGACGUGUUCGGGACAGUGUGGGGAGGACCGGCUAACCUACAGGCUCUGGCCACUAAGGCCAAACACAAGUGAAUUAACUAAUCUUGCGAUUACAUUGUAGUCUCGUCCUAAUGUUCUGGAGAAACCUAGAACGUCUGGAGUGGAAGCCGUGAACCAACCCACACUGAGACUGAACUGGAACACGAGGAUGGGCUGUAGGAGGGUCUGAACUCAACCAGAACACACUGAACUAGUGUAUUCAUUCUGACAAUUCUGUUGUUAAAAAAAAGGGUCUCUUAAAAACAAAAGCAAACGAAUCCUACUUGUACUAUAGUUUUAGUUGGGAAAUGUUUUGAACCCAUUAGACAGAAUGAAUACAUCCCUGGACUGUGCUCUGGGAGUUUGACCCAAUGACAGAUUUAUAUUGCUGUGUUGUGAGUGACCACUAACAAUCAAUUAUUUCAGUGAAGGAAUUGUUGUCGAUUGUUGGGACAAUUAUAUGGGCCCAUGUCCUUUUAAAAGGGGACAAUUAUAUGGGCCCAUGUCCUUUUAAAAGGGGACAAUUAUAUGGGCCCAUGUCCUUUUAAAAGGGGACAAUUAUAUGGGCCCAUGUCCUUUUAAAAGGGGACAAUUAUAUGGAGAGUCUGAUACAGUAGUUGUG